CCUUCGUUUUUCCCUUAAAGAGGCUCAUUCAGGCUUAUUCCGAUAAAGAACAAGCCAUUUCCCCAGGGUCUAAAGAUGCAAUUUAGUAUAUUAGUUAGUUUUUUAUUCUGCUCAUUAGCUUUGGCCAUUCAACCAAUUGAGGUCAAGGGUAAUGCUUUCUUUGUGAAUGGAUCCAAAGAAAGAUUUUUCAUCAGAGGGGUUGAUUAUCAACCGGGAGGAUCUUCUGAUUUGUUUGAUCCUUUAGCUGAUAAAACCACUUGUGAACGUGAUAUCAAGUAUUUUAAAGAAUUGGGUUUGAAUACCAUUAGAGUUUAUUCUAUUGAUAACACUGCUGAUCACGAUGACUGUAUGGAGCAAUUGGCCGAUGCUGGUAUUUAUGUUAUUCUUGACGUAAACAUUCCUUAUGCUUCUAUUGCUAGAGAUGAUGGUGAAUGUUCUUACAAUACCAUGUACUUGAACGAAGUUUUAGCCACCGUUAAAUUAAUGGCCAAAUAUAAUAAUACUCUUGGUUAUUUUGCUGCCAAUGAAGUUAUUAACGAUGAUGAAAGUACCGGAGUCGCUCCUUACGUUAAAGCCGUGGUUCGUGAUAUGAAGACUUUUAUUAAAAACACUGGAUUAAGAAAAAUCCCAGUUGGUUAUUCUGCUGCUGACGUUAAAGAAAACAGAUUGGAAACCGCCCAUUAUUUCAAUUGUGGUGAUGAUGAAAUGGCUAGAGUUGAUAUGUUUGGUUUUAAUGAUUAUUCCUGGUGUGGUAAAUCUUCUUUUUCCACCUCCGGUUAUAAAGAUAAAGUUAAAUCUUAUUCAAACUACUCUAUUCCUUUAUUCUUAUCUGAAUAUGGUUGUAAUAAAGUUAAUCCUCGUCCUUUCACUGAAGUUGAAUCUAUUUACUCCACCGAUAUGUCUUCAGUCUUUUCUGGUGGGUUGGUUUAUGAAUACUCUGAAGAAUCAAACAAAUAUGGUUUGGUUAAAAUCUCUUCUGAUAAUAAAACCGUUUCUACCAAUGACGAUUUUGAUAAUUUAAAAGCUGAAUUCAAAAAAACUGAAAAUCCAAAAGGUGACGGGGAAUACCAAGCUGAUUUGAAAUAUUCUGAAUGUCCAACCAAUUCUUCUACUUGGGAAGCUAAAGAAAAAGUCCCAAGUACUCCAAAAGGCGCUCUUAAAUAUAUCAAAGGUUAUAAAGAUCCAAAAGGUACUGGUUUCAAAGCCACCACUCAAUGGGCUUGUACCGCUAAAGGUAACGAUGAUGAUGAUUCUGAUAAAUAUAAGAAAGGUGGUUCUUCUUCCUCUUCCUCUUCCUCUUCAAGCAGUGGUUCUGGUUCUAGUUCUGAUUCUUCAAGCAGUGGAUCUAGUUCUUCAAAAUCCUCUGAUGCUUUCACUGUUAAACCUUCCAAAGCUUACUUGGGUGUUUUAUUAACUACUAUCGGUAUUUUCUUUGGUGUCAAUCUUUUUUAGAUUGAUUGAUUCAUUUUAUUUAGGUGUUUAAUAAACUGCUUUUUUUUUUACUUCAUAGUAGAUAAUAUAUAUCAUUACAGAGUUUACAUAUAUCUC